AUGAACCGCUCGUUGUCGUGCUCAUUGAGGAUCUCGCAACGGAUCACUUCGUCACUCCGCGGAGCAUCCUCAACCAGUGUCACCAAACCAUCACCCAAUGAAGUGACCAAGAAAAACGCGAAAUUCGAUGAGGUUACACAUACUGGACAGGCUUGGGAUCAGUCCGAUUAUCGACUUCAACGCUUCGACAUCGCUCCAAAAAUGGUGAACCCGAAUGUGGCACAAACGCUGGUCGCCGAGAAAGCGCCAAAAGAUUGCGGGCACUCGCACACGACGAUUUGUGAUGGUGGUCAUCCGGCACUCGGUCAUCCACGCGUUUUUAUCAAUCUCGACAAACCGGGCGUUCACGCGUGUGGUUAUUGCGGGAAUCGCUUCUUCAAUUCCCAUGUCACCAAGGGAGAAGAUUUGAAGAUUCAACAUCUUAGCACA